UUGAAUUCAAGCAUGUAAUUUGGUUGAGGUAGAAAAUUUCAGAGCAAGUGGUAAGAACGUGGUGCUGCUUAGACGAUGGCACGGGUUCAAAACACACAGUGACAGAGUUAAAGCCAUCGUUGAGGUUCCUCGGAUCAAAGAGUUUCUGGGGUCCGCGGAAAAGAAAAAAAAAAUAUGGAUUUUUGGAAGGUGGGUUUCCUUGGCCUUCUUUGUGCUGCUUCUGUUUUUGCAACUGGGGCUGUGGAGUUGGGUCGGCAUCAACCUACUGAGAGAAUUUCAGGUAGUGCUGGUGAUGUGUUAGAAGAUGAUCCAGUGGGAAGGUUGAAGGUUUUUGUUUAUGAACUUCCAAGCAAAUAUAAUAAGAAAAUUCUGCAAAAGGAUCCUAGAUGCCUAACUCAUAUGUUUGCUGCUGAGAUCUUUAUGCACCGGUUUCUCUUAUCUAGCCCUGUCCGAACCCUUAAUCCUGAAGAAGCUGAUUGGUUUUAUACCCCUGUAUACACCACCUGUGACUUGACACCGAAUGGCCUUCCUUUACCUUUCAAGUCACCGCGAAUGAUGAGAAGUGCCAUACAGCUAAUUUCUUCAAACUGGCCUUAUUGGAACAGAACUGAAGGGGCAGAUCAUUUCUUUGUGACCCCUCAUGACUUUGGGGCAUGUUUCCAUUAUCAAGAAGAGAAAGCGAUUGAAAGAGGAAUUCUUCCAUUGCUACAGCGUGCUACCUUGGUUCAAACAUUUGGACAGAGGAAUCAUGUGUGCUUGAAAGAAGGCUCAAUCACCAUUCCUCCGUAUGCUCCACCACAGAAAAUGCAUGCACACCUAAUCCCUGAUAAGACUCCCAGAUCCAUUUUUGUUUACUUCCGAGGACUGUUUUAUGAUGUUGGAAAUGACCCUGAAGGUGGUUACUAUGCAAGAGGUGCAAGAGCAGCAGUGUGGGAGAACUUCAAGAACAAUCCACUGUUUGACAUUUCCACUGAGCAUCCAACGACAUAUUACGAGGACAUGCAACGAGCUGUGUUCUGCUUGUGUCCACUUGGGUGGGCUCCUUGGAGCCCGAGACUGGUUGAGGCUGUGAUAUUUGGCUGCAUCCCAGUUAUCAUUGCAGAUGAUAUUGUUCUGCCAUUUGCUGAUGCAAUCCCAUGGGAAGAGAUAGGUGUAUUUGUUGAUGAGAAAGAUGUCCCUCAGUUAGAUACAAUACUCACAUCUAUUCCACCAGAAGUCAUCUUAAGGAAGCAGAGAUUGCUUGCUAACCCUUCCAUGAAGCAAGCCAUGCUGUUCCCGCAACCGGCACAGCCGGGAGAUGCUUUCCAUCAAGUUCUAAAUGGCCUCGCGCGUAAAUUGCCGCAUGAAAAGAGCGUAUUCUUGAAAGCAGGGGAGAAGGUUUUGAAUUGGACUGCUGGCCCUGUGGGGGACCUUAAACCAUGGUAGCAGUUAUAGCAGUUCUCUGAGGCAAUUAGGAUUCUUUACAUAUCUUGGUCUAUACUUCCAAGUGUUCAUAAGUGGGGUUGGAAAUGAGAUAUAAGAUGCUAGUUUUUGUUGACAUUGUAAAUUUUGAUUGUUUUUUGUUCAGACCAUUCUUUAGAUCAUUCAAUAUCCAUUUUGCAGCUAUACUGCUCUUAUGGUAUACGCUUUUUCCCUCUGCUAUAGGAGUCCUUGUCUUCAUUCUAGAGUUGGUGACCUAGCAAACAAUGAAAAUCAAGAUCAUGAAUCAUGAUGGUAUCAAUACAUUAUAGGUUUCUUGUUUAAA